CCAAUUCCAGAAAUUCUGACAUUUAUUUUAUCUUCAUUCGCUAUUUUUGUCUAAAUUGUGUGAGAAAAGAUGUAUUGAUUAUUAUUUGGUGAUUGAGAGGGGUAUUUUUCCCCAUAUGUUUCGCGUCAUGGUAGAUUCUCCACUUGGGCCAUCGCUGAAACUGAUUUUAGGACGCAUUGAAAAUGCUGUGCAGAGAAGGCCCCCGGAAUUUGGCUCUUUUUUGCCACAAUUAGUUGCAGUUAGUAAAACAAAACCUGUAGAGUCCAUUGUAGAAGCUUAUAAGUGUGGACAAAGACAUUUUGGUGAGAAUUAUGUCCAAGAAAUUGUGCAAAAAGGGAGUAAUCCAGAGAUCAGCAACUUACAAGACAUUAAGUGGCAUUUUAUUGGUCAUCUGCAGAGGAACAAAUGUAAUAAUCUGACAGCUGUUCCAAACUUGCACAUGGUACAAACGGUUGACACACCAAAGUUAGCGACAGCUUUGUCCAACUCUUGGGAGAAGCAAAACAAACCCAACAGAUUGAAAGUUAUGAUACAAGUUAACACCAGCGGAGAAGAAAAUAAAUCAGGAUGUCCUCCUGGGAAUUCAGUAGAAUUAGUUAGUCAUAUUAUAGACAAGUGUCCUGGUCUUGAAUUCUCGGGGAUUAUGACUAUCGGAGCCUUGGCACGUAGUGUACAACAUGCACCAGGGGAAAGAAAUGAAGAUUUUGAGUUGCUACUUGCGUGCAGAAGAGAUAUCUGUGAAAGACUUGGACUCGAUGUUGAGAAUGUUCAGCUAAGCAUGGGAAUGUCUUCAGAUUAUGAACAUGCGAUUGAAAUGGGCAGCACCCAUGUCCGCAUUGGCAGCUCAAUUUUCGGUGCAAGAAAUAAACCUAGUAAGGAGGGAGGAAAAUAGAUGUAUUCUGGCCCACAAGACGAAUAUUAUGGCCAUAACAUCAUGCAAGAGGAACCGAGGAAGACAGAAAAUAACUUUGACUCAAUAUUCUGUCAUAAAAGGCAGAGAUAUCAUUAUAAUAACCUCUGAUAUACUGCUAGUCUUUACGCAGAAAAAACGCUCAGUUUAUCAUGUGUAGUAAAUUUGUAAUAAGAUUAAACAAGGUUGUCUUGUGAUUUGUAACUUAACUUAGC